UGUAAACUCGAUACACACUGAACAUUAAAUUAAUAGAAAUACUAACUUUUUAAAUACCUGUGAUAUUUUAAAUAAUAUAUAUUUGAUUUACUAAGUUCUAGAUUCAAUUUAAAAUGUCAACUGGUCAUAGUUCCCUUUAAUACCAUAUAUUAAUUCAUUGAGCGAAAAUGACGAACCGUAUUUUUGUAUACAAAACAAUGUCAGAAAAUGGAUUUGUUAUGGCCUUGGAAAACUCCAUGGAUGUCUUCAAAAAUAAAAUUUCAUGUCAGUUUCAAAUACCGGUGGAAAACCUAAAGUUAUAUUUAUCUAAUGGCUGUGAAAUUGUUGACCUACAUGUUCUUAAAGACGAGGAAAAGAUAUAUUUAGAAUACGAUAAGAAUUAUCAUAAAGUUAGGCAUUCCUUACCUGAGCAAGAAAACCGAACUGUGUCUGACUGGAUUCGACUAAAUGUCGGUGGAAAACAUUUCAUGACCUCAAGAUCUACACUGUUAGCAAAAGAACCUUUAUCCAUGUUAGCAAGAAUGUUUGCUGAUGAUAAUAAUACUUAUUUAAUGAACCCCAGUGCUAAAGAUAAUACUGGCGCCUACCUUAUUGACCGCAGUCCAGAAUAUUUUGAACCUAUUCUAAAUUAUCUUCGUCACGGCCAAGUUAUUCUUGACAGAAAUGUUAAUCCUAGAGGUGUUCUUGAAGAGGCAAUUUUCUAUGGCCUGGAUUCUAUGAUUCCACAGAUAAAUCAAUUAAUGGAGGAAAUGAAGAGUCGCCAUGACAACCACUCCCUUACCAGAAUGGAUGUGGUCAGACUAAUCAUUACUACACCUACAACAUCUGAACUACGCUUUCAAGGUGUCAAUCUUGCUGGUGCUGAUCUGAGUAGACUUGAUCUGAGAUACAUUAACUUUAAGUAUGCCUGCUUAUCUAAAUGCAAUUUGAGUGGAGCUAACUUAUCUAACUGCUGCUUAGAACGAGCAGAUUUAUCACAUGCUAAUUUGGAGGGUGCUCAUUUAUUAGGGGUAAAGGCACUUUGUGCUAAUAUGGAAGGAGCAAUUUUAAAAGGUUGCAAUAUGGAAGACCCUGCUGGCUCUAGGGCUGUUAUGGAAGGGGUCAAUUUAAAAGGUGCAAACUUGGAAGGUAGCAACAUGGCGGGCGUUAAUUUACGUGUGGCAACACUAAAAAAUGCCAACCUACAAAAUUGUGAUCUAAGGACUGCUGUUUUGGCGGGAGCUGAUUUAGAGUCUUGCGAUCUCUCGGGCAGUGACUUACACGAAGCUAACCUGCGCGGUGCCAACCUGAAAGACGCAGCGUUUGAACUAAUGCUGACACCUUUGCACAUGUCACAAACUAUACGAUAAUAGAUAAUAAACAAACAUAUGACUUGAAAUUUUAGUGUAAAAAGGCUUAUUUCUACAUGUGUAUGUGUAUCACUACUAUCUAGUUUAAUAAAUUAAGUCCCAGCCCUACUAGAACUUAAGGAACUUAACAGUCUUCAACUCAUGUAAUAAACCAGAUAUGUGACGUCAUAGAAAUAAUGUUUUUUCUUUGUUUGUAAUUUUUUCUAUAUUAUUGUGUAGUACAAUAUGUAGUGGUUUUAAAGGGGUUAAAGAUACUUCAAAUAUUAAAGGUUCUUAUACAGAGGGGAAAAUUUAUUUUAAAUAGUGAUAAAUAUUUAUUUAUUGAAUAUAUGCAUUGUGUCAAAAAAUUGUCAUUGAUAUGGAUAAUUACUUUGUUAUUUGUUUUAUAGUGAUUGGCUAUUGCUUGUAUAUUUUAAUAACUAAAACAAUUGGAAAAUAGUUAAGAAGACCUACCUAAUUAUUCACAUAUACUUAAAUCUUUACCAUAUUAUGAUGUGAGGUCAAAGUAUUAUUAAUUAAAAUUACACCUAAAAUUUGUGAUAUAUUAUACAGUGUUAUUUGA